AGAGAGAAGCAGAAACAAUAUCGACGGUGAACAUCAGAUGAACUGGACGUUUAUCCGCCGUGGGAACUUUGCAUAGGUAGACGUUUAUUUCCUCUAGUUUUAGUGGACCAGAGGAAGAAGUAAACAUGUCUGUUCAAUUUUAUGAAAUGGGCAGUAGGCUGUUCGGGGACACUGUUGGGAAAGUGAGCGACAACCUGACCUCCGUGGUGCUGGCUGCUUCUGUCAUCACUCUCGCUCUGGGAUAUAUUACUAAAAUGCUGCUCAAAGAGUCUCCAGACAGUGAUCUGAAAUACCCACCUUACAUUCCCUCCAGCAUCCCCUUCCUGGGUCAUGCUAUUGCAUUUGGAAAAAGUCCCAUUGAAUUUCUUGAAAAUGCAUAUGAAAAAUACGGCCCUGUGUUCAGCUUCACCAUGGUGGGGAGUACCUUCACUUACCUGCUGGGCAGUGAAGCUGCCACACUGAUGUUCAACAGCAAGAAUGAGGACCUGAAUGCUGAGGACGUUUAUUCCAGACUGACCACUCCUGUGUUUGGCAAAGGAGUAGCCUACGACGUGCCCAACCAUAUCUUUAUGGAGCAAAAGAAGAUGUUGAAGACCGGACUGAACAUCGCUCAUUUUAAGGAACAUGUGAAAAUCAUUGAAGCAGAGACCAUCGAGUAUUUUCAGAGAUGGGGAGACAGCGGGGAGAAAAACCUGUUCGAGGCCUUGUCUGAGCUGAUCAUCCUGACGGCCAGCAGCUGCCUGCAUGGGAAGGAGAUCCGCAGCAUGAUGAAUGAGCACGUGGCUCAGCUGUAUGCAGACCUGGACGGAGGAUUCAGCCACGCUGCCUGGCUGCUGCCCGGCUGGCUGCCCCUGCCCAGCUUCAGGAAGAGGGACAAUGCUCACAGAGAGAUCAAGAACAUUUUUUCCAAGGUGACUCAGAAGCGCAGGCAAUCUGGAGAGAAAGUGGACGACAUCCUGCAGACCCUCAUCGAUGCCACCUACAAAGACGGACGCCCCCUGAACGAUAGCGAGAUUGCGGGGAUGCUGAUUGGUCUGCUCCUGGCGGGGCAGCACACCUCCUCCACCACCAGCGCCUGGAUGGGCUUCUUCUUGGCCAGAGACAAAGCUCUGCAGGAGAAAUGCUACGCCGAGCAGAAGGCCGUGUGUGGAGAAGACCUGCCUGCACUCGACCUUGAUCAGCUGAAAGACCUCAGCCUGUUGGAGCGCUGUUUGAAGGAGACCCUGCGUCUGCGCCCGCCUAUCAUGACCAUGAUGAGGAUGGCCCGCUCUCUUCAGACUGCAGCAGGAUACACCAUCCCUGUGGGACACCAGGUGUGCGUCUCCCCGACCGUCAACCAGCGUCUGCAGGACACCUGGGACGAGAGGAUGGAGUUCAGCCCCGACCGCUACCUCAACGACAACCCUGCAGCGGGGGAGAAGUUCGCCUACGUGCCCUUCGGAGCUGGCCGCCAUCGCUGCAUCGGGGAGAACUUUGCUUACGUCCAGAUCAAAACCAUCUGGUCUACUUUACUGCGCAUGUACGACUUUGACCUGGUGGAUGGAUAUUUCCCCACAAUCAACUACACCACGAUGAUUCACACCCCUCACAACCCCGUCAUUAAAUACAAGAGGAGAGCACAGUGAGAGGCACGAGGAAACAUCCUGAGUGUUGAAGUGGAGCUGCAACUUCCUGGGACUUGAAUUUAGGAUUUAAUAGAUGAACGCACUUCGCUCUGCCUAAAAACGUCCAAUUGUUUAGUUUGAGUGCUUUUUCCCGCACUUUUUUUACCCAUCAAUGUCAACAGUAAUGCAUGAGCUUUUGAGACGUGUGCUUGCAGAGAUAAUUGCACUGACUGUACGACUGUGACUUGAACACAGAUGCUAAUAUUCACAGUGUGAAUUCUUAAACUUUUUCAGUGCCUUGAUGAAGGGGCAACAUCUGUUGAUUUUGAAAAGACCAGCAAGUUGAAUUUAGUUUUUAACUGUAAAACCAAGCAGAAGUUCCAUAUUACAGAUUUGAAAGAGUUAUUUUUUUAGUAGUUAUCCAGUAAACUUCAUUAUUCCUGCUUUGAGACAUUAUUUAGCUUCAGCUGAAGAGAGUUACAAAGGCUCACUGCACAGGCUGUGUUGUUGUUCAUUGGCUUUAAAUAAACCGGGAAAUGUCUUCUGAUUCUAGAAAAUAUUGUGUUUAGCAAUACAUAGUAUGGUUUAUGUUGUCCUUUGUUUGUUCUUUGCAAAAGGAAAAAACGUUUUAAUUCCUUAUUUCAAUAAAAAGAACAUCUAAAAAUCAU